UAUAAAUAUAUCUUGAUUAAAAGGGAACUUUGAAUUAGCAUACCUCCCUUGCCAUGUACCUUGCAUAUGUUUUUCCCCUUUUGUUAUACAUACACACAUGAUCAUAAGUAAAUAUUGUGCGUGGAUUUCCUUAUCGAACACGGCGGUUCGAAACGGUCGUGUUUUGAACAGUCGUAAAAACAGUCGUGCUCCAAUUUGACACGUCAAAUUGUCAAAAAUGACAACUGAUCUCUCUCUCGCCGCAAGAAAACAUUUGUUAUUCAUUGAUUGAAUUAAUUUUCGUAUUUGAGGUUUUUCGUUCUUGAAAUUGAUCAGAUUGAGAAUUUUCAACGAAAUUCAAGUGAAUAUUUACAUAUUGCCGAAAUGCAGAAUUCGAUUCUUCAAAAUGUGCAGCAUCGUCGGGCGAGCAGCAACACACAGUACCAUUGUUUGUACGGAUACUAUUUUCUUGGAUUUUCACGGGCACAACUAGCAAAGAUCUACUCAAAAUCUAAAUCAACUAUCAGCUCCUGGAUCAUCAACUAUGAACGAGACGGUAUACUAAAUGCUAAUAAACGGAGGACCACAUUCAGGAAAUUCGACAUGGACAAACAAAAGUGGCUAGUGAAUCUGUAUAAGAAAAAUCCUAUCCUGUAUCUUGACGAAGCCCGGAAGCAAUUUGCUAUUCACUUCGGAACAUCCAUAAGUGCCUCGACGAUUUGCAAAAUUUUGCAUGCUCACGGACUAUCUUGGAAGACGCUGGAAAGGAGAGCCAUCCAAAUACGCCAAGCAGACAUCGAUCGAUAUACCCAAGAAUUGAGCUGUUUUCAAUGGGAUUUGCAUCAACUGCUGUUUCUCGAUGAAGUUGCUUUCGCAAACGGUCGACUGUUGCGCAAUAAAGGUUACGGAGUAGUCGGAAGAAAACUAGUGUACAAGGGAGAAUUCUGCAGGAGACCCCGGGUAUCUUGCCUUUGUUUUUUGGGACAAAACGGGAUAGUCGAGUCUUUUGAAACCGAAGGAACAUUUACGCGGCAAAAGUUCUUCGAUUGUUGCCGAAAAAUGGUUUUUUCAAACGAUCGCGUUAGAACAUAUCCAGGUAGAUUUUCAGUUUGGGUGAUGGACGGAGCUCGAAUCCACUGUGAUUCUAAUAUCAUACAGUAUUUACGCUCUUUGGGGAUAAUUCCACUUUUCCUCCCAGCAUAUUGCCCGUUUUUCAACCCAAUUGAGGUGGUUUUUGGAUUGGUAAAAAAAUAUUUGAGACGAAACUACACAGAAGGAUGCAAAACACCAUUGUCAAAUGUUGUUCAAGGUGCACUAACUAAAUUCACAUCAUAUGAUUGCUCCAAACUUUUUCAAAAAUGUGGAUAUCUUCCGGGAGGAAAAUUUGACCCAUCAAUAAGCGAACAAUAAAGU